AUGACCUCUUCAAUAGGCUCUCGCACAGCUGAGGUUAGUUCUUUUUUCAUUCAAAUUUUUUUAAUUUUUCUCAAUGCUGUUCAGCUGCUGGUCAUUGGCAGUUCUGGGGUUGAUCCAAAUUCUACAAUCGUGAUCGACCCUCGGACAGGAGUUUCGAGUUGGAGUUUCAAAGGAUCAGAGCUCCAAGGUGCGCCGACAGGAAACGUCGAAAUGUGCGGUAAAUGACGGUUGAUUUCGGUGAUUCAUUGAGAAAGUUCAGGAGCUGAUGGCGAGCAUAUGAUCGUUUCGAUCAAGGGCCGACCCCUGGUGCAUUUUGUGGGUGUCCAUCCGCGAGAUCGUUUCCAUCACAAGGUUGUGCUUCCUGGCCCAGUCACUUCCUUCUGCACAUCCUCUGAUGGAAAAUUGCUUUUGGCGGCGAUCAGAAAACAAAUUUUCGUCUGGAACGUUAGUUCAAACAUUUAUUUUAAUCUCUAUAGCUUUUUUCAGUUAGUUUCCGGUGAACUUCUUUCUGUUACGGACGCUCAUUAUCAGGAUAUUUCUCAAAUUUGCCUUUCCGAUGACGGUUCACUGGUUAUAACGGCUUCUUUAGAUGGCUCAAUCAACGUCUAUACACUCAUUGAGUGAGCUAUUUUUGUUAAGGUUCUAGUUUCAUCAUAUUUCUUCAAGUUUAAUAUCUGUGGAUCGCGAACACUCGGUUCUCCCUAUUCGAAAAUGGAACUCACACACUUUGGCAGUGAGAAGCCUCAAAACAACUACCGGGGAUAGAAAUCCCAGAAUAAUAAGUUGUGGAAUGGAUCACAUUGCCUGCAUUCACUCGAUUACUACUGACUCCGUCAUUUUCAAGGUUGGUAUAAGUUUUUUCAAUGGAAAGGAGCAGCACCCGUUCUUCAGAGAGCAAAUUUUUCGGAUUCUUCGAUAAUAAAGUUUAGACGCAACUGAUAUUUUAAUUAGUGCGUAGUUUUCAUGGAUCACAUAUGUCGUUAUUAUCCUUCAGUAGUGUUUAAAGUGCCUUUAUAAAUUUUUAUGAGGAAAAACAUAGGCAAUUUCUAUGAAAUUUUUCAGUUAAGCCUUUUAAGAGCCCUGCCGGCUUCAAAACUGCAAUGAAGAACCGAUGAUGAUAGCAUAUAACGAUGAUUCAGAAGUUAAAAACUGACUGAAAAUAUCCUGAAAGUAUUCCUAUUACUCUGCAUUUAAUUUUAACACGGCAAAUUAGUUCAUUUCAUCAAAAUGUUAAUGUUCCGCUGUUACUUCAUAUAUAUAUAUUUUUCUUUUCUUCAGUUCAAUGUAUUUUAAUAGAGACACUUUUAUUUUUUUCCCCUUUCUCUUCAACUCGGCUUAUUUAUGUUUUUUUCGAUACCAAACUUUAUAUUAUAUAUCUAUGGAAAAUUACUGAGAGUUUAUUUUAUUUUUUUCCAUCUCGUAGUUCGAAAAACGCUGUUUUUUUCGAAAAUAGAAAUAUGACUUUUUGAGCUACCUUUUGCAGGUUUCCUCGGAUAGGCCUUUGACGUGUUGUACCAUUGAUCCUGCCGAUUCGCGGCUAUUUCUAGGAACCGAUACUGGCAACAUUGCCCAAAUCAAUCUCUACAAGGUUGAAGAAAUCUCUCAAAUGAUGUGGGAAGUAAAAUUGCAGAACUUUGUUGGCGACGUUUUGAUUCAAACUUCAGACGAAGCGAAUCGCAACUUUCCGAUUCUGAACGGCCACUCCGACGAGAUUUCGAGGUACACAUAUUUUGAUCGUUUUCUGUGAUGAAAUUGAGAUAAUUAUGAAAUCAACCGUUUCUUUUAGCAGCUCUUAACCAGAAGGAGUUUUUAUCGGUUUUUUUUAAAGUUCAACUUUUUGGUUAGUUUUUCUUUCACUGUGCACGUUAGAUGGAUAAAAGAAACGUAUAGCGAAAUAACUUAGGUUUUUGCUAAACCGUGAAUUUUUAGCUUAGAAAUUAGAAAAAAAGCGAAUUCAAUAUAAGAGAAAGAAUUCUUAAAUAGUUUGAAAACUAGUAACAAAUAUUUUUGAAGUAUGUGCAUGAAUGCGGAUGGAAACUUGCUGGCUUCGGGCGAUUCCAGCGGUCGAUACUGUAUCUGGGAUGUCGUCAGCCAUCAAUGUCUCAAGGUUUGCCAUUUGUUAUUUUCUCAUUCCUUUAUAUGAAAAAAAAAGUCAGCGAAAAUUGGAAAGGCGACUUUUCCGAUUUUUUCAUAUCUCUAGAGAACUUUCCGACUUUUUCCCCUUGUUUCUUCCGGUUUCUGUUUUUUUGUGUUUUAAUCAUAAAUCAGCUACCUACUUUAUAUGGGAAGAUGCAAAACAAAGGGUUAAUUGAGAAAAAAAAAGUCGGAAAAGAUUUCGUCGGAAAGUUCACUAGCGAUAUGAAAAAAUCGGAAAAGUCGCCGUUCUUUUUUUUUUUCAUACCACCUUUAUAUUUUUUUUUUCCUUCUAGGUUUCAAGCAUGAGGUCGACAAUCGCCACUCUGAAGUUUGUGCCUAAUUGGCCUGUUUUUACGGCUCCAGAUUAUUCGGUUGCCACCCACGCGCGACCGAAUUGUUCCCUCCAAAGAGAUGUCACUCGGUUGACAAGGAUAGCAAUCAAUAUAUCUGCGGAUCUCAACCAACAAAAAGUUGGCUUUUUUUCUCAUUUUUCCGCAAUUUUCAUUUUCAGGAAGAGUGGAAAACGAUUAUUGACGACAACAUUGAACGAUUGCUCAACAGCUUCGUGAGUUUUUUUUUCAUUUUUUAUUUCGUUCCGAAACUUCUUUAAAACCCCCAAUCUUCAAAACUUUGCUUUAUUUCUCGUGAUAAAGAGAUUGUUCAAAGAAACGCUAUGAUCAUUUUUCUCGUGUUUUUUUCAAGGAAAAAAAAUUUUUUUGAAAGGUUUCUCUUUUAAAAAAAGAACAAUUUUGCGACGUUCAAAAAAGGUCAUUAAUUUUUGAGGAAUAGAAAGUGUUUACAUGCACAUCUAGAUACUUUUAACACAGUUUUCUUGAUACAGAACGAAUCUUCCAAUGUUUAGAACGCCACCGGCUCUCAUAUGCCAACAGCAACUGCCGAAGAACCGUCGGAUGAUGUGGAAAUUAUUGAUCCUUCGGAUGAAGUCAUAGUAAUAGAGGAAGAAAUAGCUCCGACUAUUGGCAAAAAGGGAAAGAAGAAGAGGAAGAACGUCAACGGAAACGCAAAGGCGAAUGGAAGUAUUACGAAGGAAGAAGUCCUGUUAGGUACGAUUCGAAAAUUAUUUUUGAAAUCUCAACUCAUCUGAGAUAUUUUUUUAACUAGGAGCGCCUCCAAAUUGGUUAACGUGAAAAAAUAUUAUCACUUUUAAAUUAGGAGUGAGGAAGAAGCCGGGUAUUCAAAAAGAUCAAAUUCACAAGUAUGGUGUUUGAAAGAUGGAAAGUUUAGAUCUGGUCCAGUUUCAGUAACUAGUAGUCUUAUAGGGAUCGGAAACAAAAAAAAAGUGUUGCGCUAGACGGAUUAGCGGAAAAAUACGGCCGUAAGUGUGCAAAAUAAAAGUUUUUUGUUUUUUUAUCUCGAUAAAAGAGGUUCUAUCGAAAAUGUGAACGUAUUUUAAGAAAUCUUGAAAGACUCUUUCUCAGUACUUUAUGGUGUUCAGGGAAUACUUUUCUCUUGUUUUCGAGUUCACUCUCAGAUAUCACAGAAACUUGAGCCCAUUUUGCGGUUCAUACUUCUGAUACUUUCCUACUAGGUAUAUCAAAAUCCAGAGCAAUUCCAUCGCUUUGAGCACCAGAAUGGGGUUUUUUCACCUCAGAAUUUCGAUGUUUAAAACAUAAGUCAGUUUCGUUUCAGAAAGUCCUGCUCCGUCCGACGUUGCAGAAAUUGUUCGGUUACGAGAAGAAGUUGCAAGUUUGAAGGCUGCCAAUGAGCGACUUUACAUGUUCGCCGCUUCAGAAAUCAUUGGCACGAGAACAUGA